CCUCAGCUCUGAAACUACCAUGGAAGUUCAAACCAUUCUUUGCCCAAAACCCACCUCGGAACCACCGGGAAACACCGCUGCUUCAAGAAUCGUAAGGAUCUCGAUGAUCGAUCCGGAGGCCACCGACUCCUCAUCCAGCGACGAAGAAGCUGCGAGUCUCACACGCCGCCGUGUGAAGCGUUACAUUCGCGAGAUCACCAUCGGGACGCCGCCGAUUGGCGGCGGUGGCCGAAAGAUGAUAACGAAGAAGAAGAAGAAUAAAAAGACGGCCAUGGGUAAUGUGAAGAAGUUCCGCGGCGUCCGGCGGCGUCCGUGGGGGAAAUGGGCGGCGGAGAUACGGGACCCCGGUCGCCGUGUACGGAUGUGGUUGGGGACGUACGACACGGCGGAGGAGGCCGCCAUGGUGUACAACAGAGCCGCCGAGAAGCUCCGGGAAUCCGCCGCUUCAACAAAUUUCCUCACUCCUCUGCCGCUAACAGAGCCUGCCAUAAAGCCAUCGUCUCCGACGAACCUUUCAUCUCCGACGUCAGUCCUCCAAUACAGAACCCACUCCACCGAUUUCUCACCGCCAUUCCAGACCGCCGCAACUGGUGGCGCUGCCGAAGAAUUCCCGGCUGUUGAUUUCCCCUUCUUCGACGAUAUAUCCAAAUCGAUUGUUUUUGAACCUCCUCUGCUUCUCGAGUACGAAACAUCUCUAAUACAGGAAAUUCCAUGGUUCGGCUGUGACUCCAGCGGCGGUGGAGACGACGGCGACCCUGUUCCAGCAGUAAGAGGAGAAGAUCAUGAUUAUUUUGAAGAAAUUUUGAUGGGUUCGGAUCCUUUGGUGGUUCUGUAGAGGAAUUGGCAGAGUGACAGCGCAUAGUCGUCGGCAAAUGUGCCGCCGCCUGCCUAUUUUCUGGCAGAUUUUCCGGCCGCCGCAACGGAAUCUCUCUUGGAUCGGUUUUUGUUUGUUUUGUUGUUAUUU